UGAAGACAACAAGAGGUGAAUUCAUCUUGCAAACUUGCUGUCAAACAUGCACUUCUGGCUGUGCUUCCACCUGUAGCCUCAGGACACCACUCCCCUCCUUGUCUUUCUCCCUCCUCCCGGAUUUAUCUCACUGUCACACACAUAACUGAAAGCAUUCCAACAUUAGGCUUUACACCCAGCUCUGGCUUCUGUGUGCAUGCAUGUUUUCUGGAUAGUUUCAUGCUGACUGUAGCAGCAUGUGGGAGACAGCUCUAGUUUUGUACCUGCUAUCGGCACUUGCUCAGGCUGAUGAAUCAGCUGUAGCCAUCUCUCCUCGGAACUGCAGUCUGGAAUGUAUCCGACAGGGUAGACCUGCAUGUGAUUACUGCAGAGUAACUGGGGAUGAUCUCAAAGAAGCUCUGGGUUUUAACCCAAAGUUUGGAAGUUGUAUACCAUGGCCUUGUUUGGAGCUGCUAGGAGAUGACCCAAAAAUAUGCCAGCACUACGUCCAAGCACCAGAUGAUGUGAAAAUUGAGUUUGUUCUUGAGCCAAACCCUGAAUCUGACACCAUCAUUGUUUCCUGGAAGCCUAGUUAUUACGGCAUCGCCUUCCUGCGAGGCUUUCAGGUGACCCUUCAGGCUUUGGGAGGUUCCCGUGUUGCCUGUCAGCUAUUUCUCUUCCACCGUAACAUCUCCCUCCCAGCUUCGCAUGCCCAAAUGGUAUACAAGUCAGACCCAUUCCCCAGCCUCUCACUGGGAACCCAGUAUGCUGUUACAGUCAUGGCUCUGCCAGUGCCCGAGGAGUGGGAAAAGUUCUACCACAGCAAGAUCUUUUCUACUCGCACAUGUGCAGAGAAGAACGGCUUUGAGCAGUGCAAACAAGACUGGUACCCAACAUAUGUUGAGGUUCAGCAGGAAGGAACUGCCAUUACUGUGACCUUUAACCUGGCUCCUCCAAACCUGGGCAUCCGAAGUUACUUCUCACUGUGUUACGCAAAUGGCAUAAAGAGCUACACAGACAUAACUCCUAAUUCCUCCAAAAACAAAACUCACCACAGCUAUCAGCUGAGUGGCCUUCAAGAGGGAACCAACUACACUUGUGUGAUAGCAGCUAAUGAAGUGGAUGCUGUGAGGAAAACAUUUAAUGUUCAUGUCAAGAGCAUCCAGAAAGAGAAUUCCUCUGCCACUCCCUCCUUGGCAGUGGUGCUUCCUGUGAGUCUGGUUUUGGUCGUUAUUCUUGGACUGUUACUGGCAGCUCUCAUCUGUUGGAGGCCCAAAUUGCAAAAGAAGAUACUUGGCUUAAAACCAGAUUUUAUUUGGCAACACGAACAGGGUGUGACUCAGGAGGAAAUGGUAUCAUUACCUGGACAGAAGCUGACUCCUCCUCGUCUUCUGAUUUGCUAUAGUAACCAUGAUGGCCCCUCUCAUGUCAAAUCAGUCAUGCAGUUAGGAGCCUUCAUACAGCAGCACAUGGCCACUCAGGUGUGCUUGGACCUUUGGGAUUCUCUGAGUGUGGCUGAGGAGGGCUAUAUGGCUUGGCACUGUCGGCAGAUCCAGGAAAGCAAUUUUGUCCUGGUGAUAUGUUCUCCAGGGCUAAAGCAACGACCUGAGACUCCAGAUCCAGAGGGGGAGGAUGAAGAAGUACUUAACUUAAGGUCAAAUGCUUACAGCUCUGAAGCAGUCAUCCAACUUAUUGGAGAAGAGGUGGGCCGAGCCAAAGCCAGAGGCCAGGAUCUAUCCAAAUACAUGUCAGCCAUCUUUGAGUACUCUGAGGAAACAGACAUCCCAACUGAGCUGAGGCUAGUUUCUCAUUACACGCUGAUGAGGGAUCUGCCACUGCUCUUCUCCCACCUUCAUGGAGUGGCACUGCACAGGCCAGGGUGUUACCUGAAGAUAAACCACAUCACAGAGGAGGGCUUUGUUAAGGUGCCAGCUGGAGCUGCUCUGCAGUGGGCCAUCCAUGAGGUUGGGUUGACCAUGAAGGCAAAAAUGCAGCAUACUGCAGAGGGAGGAGAUUAAACUAUGAAGGAGGGGAUCUACUGUAUAUCCUCUAAUAUAAUGGUAGUUCUCAGUUUCAAAUGGGAGAUUCAUUGGUAGACAGACAUUUUGACCAGAAUCACUUCUGAAGGGUGACAAAUAUGUAUUAAGCCCGAGCUGGUUUGGCCCAUAAUCAGUUAGCCAGCUAACUACCUGUGGUUCAGUUUUUCUACAGUGGCAGUAACUAUGCACAUGUGUGUAACACACUAAAUGCAUUCAGUAAUAUGUGAUGUGUCUUAUGAAAAAGCCAAAUAUUUUCAUGUAAUGUCGUGUAAAAAGCUGCUAUGAUUUUAAGCACUACCCAAACGUAUACCAGUAGUAUGCAGUUAUUCUUUGAGAAUGUUUACCUCAAGGUACUGACCAUAUAUGUGUGUGUCUGUGUUUAUAUAUAUAUCUAUAUAUAUCUAUAUAUAGAUGUAUAUAGAUAUAUGUAACGCUUUAUUUAUUUGUAUGCAUGCUUCAUAUAGUCUACAUAAGAAAAAAAAGUGAUUCAAUCCUCAUUCAAGUGUGGUUAUAUUUUUGUUAUUUUCAUAAUUUUUUGUAAAAUAUACAGUCAUUUGUGCACUAACCAUCAAAUAAAGCUAUGCUGCUGAA